GGUGUGGCAACAACAACAGCCGGGUGAAGUUGGCUGGUGUUAGUGUAAACAUCACAUGACAAGUGGGUCUGUGGUCGUACUUAGCUUUGUGGCUGCUGCGUCAUUCACACAUCACCACCAUGCGAGGACUGUUGGUUUUCAUAACUGUGGUAGCAGUUUGUGUGCUGUCAGGAGAAGGUUCACUGGUAGGAACUAAGAAAUGUACUUACGGUCCUGCUUACUGGUGUGACUCACUCUACAAUGCAAAGGAAUGUAAUGCUGUUACACACUGCAUCCAGACAGUGUGGGAGAAGCAGACUCUGCCUGAAGACAAUGAUGACAUAUGUACCAUCUGUAAGAACAUGGUUAAAGAGGCAAGAGACCAGCUUCUCAGCCAAGAAACACAGGAGGAAAUUCGAGAAGUGCUUGAUGGAGCUUGCCGCCUGAUACCAAUCAAGGUGGUGUCAGAUGAGUGUGUCCAUCUGGCAAAUGACUUCAUUCCUGAGCUGAUUGAUACUUUGGCCUCAGAGAUGAAUCCUCAAGUUGUAUGUGCUACUGCUGGCCUUUGCAACUCAAUCAGGGUUGACAGGUUGCUGCAGCAAUACCAGGCGAGUCAUCCAGACAUAUCCAAUGAAAUUGUGCCGUUGCGCCCAGUUGUAACCAAUGGAAGUGUGCAGGACCCACAGCCCGGCGAUUGUGAAGCUUGCAAAGACUUCAUUACUCGCACCAUCCGCUUAGUGAAGACUCAUUCUCGUUCUGAGCUGAUGGAUCGACUAUUUGCCGUAUGUGGCAAGCUUGGCUCCAUCUCUGAUGCCUGCAUGGCCCUGGUAGAAGGCAAUCUUGAUACCAUCUAUGAUUUCCUCAGUGAGCAGCUCACCCCAGAUGAUUUCUGUGACCUAGUUGAAAUGUGUGAGCAGAGAAUGCACCAAAGUGACUUCUACCAGAGACCUGCUCUGAAGCAUAGUGGUGAUGAAGCGUGUGAUUUCUGUGAGGCAAUAGUGCAGCACUGGCGGGAUUAUUUGAUUGCAAACACCACUGAACAAGAAUUCAAAGAGAUUUUGGAAGGGCUGUGUCGUCAAACUGGCAGGUUCAGCAAGAAUUGCCUGUCGCUUGUGGAAGAGUAUUAUCUCCCACUGUACAAUCUCUUGGUGUCUGAAAUUCACCCUAAACAAAUUUGUGAGGCUAUUGGGCUUUGUGGUGCCACCUCAGUGUUUGCAGUAGAGCAUGCUGUAUGGCCCUUGUUCGAUGUUGGGCAAGCAAAUGUGAUGCCCCAGACUCUUCUGGCACCUGCUGUCAGUGUUAAUGCUGAGCCAGGUUAUCGACUGAUUGGUGGUGAUGAAGCUGCUGCUAUCAACUUUGAGCAAGACUCACAUUUGCCACUUGUGAAGCUCACAAAGGCAGGCAUUGAUGUCUCGCCUGUUGGUACAAACGGCAUGGUUGGUGCUGCCCUCGGCAAGGGUCGCGUAGGGGAUAACAAGUGCGUCAUGUGUGAAUUUGCUCUUCACUUCCUCCAGAACAUGCUCGAACAGAAGGACACCCGUGAAGACAUUGAAGAAGCAGUAGAGAAGCUUUGUGACAUGAUGCCUCGUACUAUUGCUGAAGAGUGUGAUGACUAUGUUGAGGCUUAUGGGGACCAGGUCAUUGAGCUGCUUGCCCAGGAGAUUGAUCCCUCACAGAUUUGCCCCAUGCUCCACCUGUGCCCGGCAGUUACAGAAACCCAAGUAGCAUCAUCCCAGGGUGAGGACGUAUCCUGUGUUAUGUGCGAGUAUGCUAUGACAACGUUGGAGGAAUUUUUGAAAGAUGAUAAGACAGAGGAAAACAUCCGUAAUGCCCUUGACAAGCUGUGUGGUAUGCUGCCCAAAUCUGUUACUGUGGAUUGCAAGACAUUUGUUGAUACAUACUCAGAACAGAUCAUCCAAAUGUUGAUUGAUGAUCUAACUCCAGAUCAAGUGUGCAUUCAGCUUGGACUCUGUAAACCCAAAGAACUGCCCAGACUGAAUAGUUCUCACCAGCUUCCAGUUUCUCGCAUGUUUGUGGCCUCUCACUCUAGAGAUGCAGAAAGUAAUGACGUGGAGAAACCAGAGAUGUUCCAGUCUGCUGCCUGUGUACUUUGUGAAUUUGCUAUGUUACAACUGGACCAGAUUCUGGAAGACAAUGUUACAGAGAAUGAAAUCAUCGAGGUUGUAGACUUCGUAUGUGCCCACCUCCCAGGGACACUUCAGGACGAUUGCAUCGGAUUUGUAGAAGAGUAUGGUGAUGCCAUCAUCAAGCUUCUAGUUCAUGAUCUUGAUCCCAAAGUUGUGUGCCAAGAAAUUAAACUCUGCAAAGCUCCUUCAUUUACAGGUGUGAGAGCAAUGGUGAAUAUGCACUUGGACAAGUGCCAGAUAUGUCGAGGUAUAGUGAGUUAUGUUGAUGAGAAGCUGAGGGAUGGGCAGGCUACCAUCACCAUUGAUACCCUUCUGGAAGAAAUAUGCAGACUUUUCCCACACAGUGCCAAAGAACAGUGUCGUAACAUUAUUGAAGUUUACGGCCCGUACCUGGUGAACCUACUUGCGGAGCUUGGCGAUCCUCAAAAAGUUUGUCAAGGAAUAAGUUUCUGCCCUAAGAGUUCAUCUCAACAGCUUCUAGGAGGUGACAAGUGUACUUGGGGUCCAUCAUAUUGGUGCCAAACUCAGAUACAUGCAACUGCUUGUGAGGCAACAGAACACUGUCAGACAUCAGUGUGGAAGGGAGUCACUCCUCUGAUUUAGAUGUGCUGUAUGGGGUUUAGGUAUAAUUUACCCUCAUAUGUCUUACCAACUAUACGAGACUGUGAGGAGAUGAUUGCCUUGGCAGAUCUUAAUGUAAACGUUGACUAAUGAAGAAGACACCAGACAGAUGAAGAGCUGCAAUGUGCACUGUUGGGAGAACCCUGAGGCUGAUAGGUUAUAGUCAAUUGGCUGUGCAAUUUGAUAAAUAGUCUGUGAUUGAACCCCUUUAGCUUGAUGUAAUACCCUCCAAACAACUCAUGAUAAAUAGAGUGAAACUUUGUCUUGUGAAUAUUUUUUUUUUUUCAGGUAUCAAAUCAUAUAUCCUGUACAAACUAAAUUUGAUUGACAUGUUUCAAUUUUGAGUCUUGAUAAUAUCAUUGAACUAUAUCUUCAUUCUCUCUCAUAGCAAUAGUUUACAAAUGAUAUUUGGAGAUUGUUUCUUGGAUUUUAUUUGUUUCACCCUACUUUAAACAUUUUGUAUUCCUCAGCAUUGAUAGUUAUUUCUCACACUGAUACAGUAUAAGCAAUUGCAAGUGUAAGACAGCCCUGUUAAUUAGUUUCUUAUCACAGGAUAUUUUCUAAGAAACAAUUUAAUGGUUGGUUACUAGACUAAUUUUGUACCAAUAGUAAUGCUCUCCUUUUGGUGAAGUUGUUUGGAUCUUCAGCUCUAUAUCUAGCUGCUGUAGAGAAGAUUUACUGGUUUAUUUGAUUCAUUAGCAUUAUAAUUCUUUCAAAGUUUUAUGAACAGUGGUCUAUGUGUGAGGAAUUGUUUGAUGUACAUUUUACUAAAGAGGGAUAAAAUCAGCACCUUUUUUUUCAUCAAUUAUAUUUUCAGUUUGUUUUUAUUUUGAUAUUGAAGGAUUGUAAUAAUUGUGGAACAUGUCUACUUAAAGAUUAUUGAUCGAGAAAUUUACUUUAUUGUGAAAUAUAAAAAUAUAACAUGAACUAGACAAAGAACGACCUGUGAUCAUUGCUAAAAAUACAUUGGUGCAUUACAGUAUAUCAGGUAUAGCCGUUAAGCUUGUUAGUGAAGAAAUUUUUUAUUAUAAUUGUAUUCUAGUUAUACUAUUAUUGCUAUAUAUAUAUAUAUAUAUAUAUAUAUAUAUAUAUAUAUAUAUAUAUAUAUAUAUAUAUAUAUAUAUAUAUAUAUAUAUAUAUAUAUAUAUAUAUAUAUAUAUAUAUAUAUAUAUAUAUAUAUAUAUAUAUAUAUAUAUAUAUAACUCACUGAUAAUAUUUAGAUACAGUAUGGGAAAUUUUGUCGUUAGUGUUCAUAGCAACAUAGUUUUGUGUUUUUGCUACAUGUGUAAUGUAAGAUUUUGAUUUACUUCUGAAUACAUAGUUGCAUUACUGUACUUUUCCAUUAUUUUCUUUGAAUAAAAGUUCUAUAUACUGUAGAGACAAAUUUGAAAACCUUUUGCAGUGAAUAAUGCAUAUAUAGAGUUGGUUUGUAAUACAUUGUCCAUGGUUUUUGUUAUGUAUUAUUGUAUUUACAUAAUAAAGGCCACAUAUUA